CCGGUCUCUCUUUCCUCUUCCGGAAUCGCCCUCCGGAAGCUCUGUUCCCCGCUCGGGCCGGUCCCGGGAUGGCUCCGCGGCUGCAGCUGGAGAAAGCGGCCUGGCGCUGGACGGAGACGGUGCCGCCGGAAGCCGUGACGCAGGAGCACAUCGAAGCGGCCUACCGGAUCGGGCUGGAGCCCUGCCAGCGGGGCGCCUGCAGGAGAAACUGCAGAGGGAAUCCCAACUGCCUGGUGGGGAUUGGAGAGCACAUUUGGCUGGGGGAGAUCGAUGAAAACACUUUUCACAAUAUCGAUGAUCCCAACUUUGAGAGGCGAAAAAAGAAUGCGUUCGUAGGCCUCACCAAUCUGGGGGCCACUUGCUACGUCAACACUUUCCUACAGAUGUGGUUCCUAAAUCUGGAGCUGCGGCAGGCGCUGUAUCUGUGUCCGGUUGCCCGCCCUGAAUAUGUCACAGCAGAAAAGAAAGAUUACGAACCUCAGACCAUUUGCGAGCACCUCCAGUACUUGUUUGCCUUGCUCCAAAACAGCAAAAGGCGAUACAUCGACCCAUCGGGAUUUGUGAAAGCACUUGGCUUGGACACAGGUCAGCAACAGGAUGCUCAGGAGUUUUCCAAGCUGUUCAUGUCCCUGCUGGAGGACACCCUGACUUCUCAGAAAAACCCGGACGUGUGUGACAUUGUCCAGAAGCAGUUUUGCGGAGAGUACGCCUACGUUACAGUUUGCAACCAGUGCGGCCGAGAGUCCAAACUUAUCUCCAAGUUUUAUGAACUUGAAUUAAACAUCCAGGGCCACAAGCAGCUGUCGGACUGCAUCACGGAGUUCCUGAAGGAGGAGAAGCUGGAGGGGGACAAUCGUUACUUCUGCGAGUCCUGCCAGAGCAAACAGAACGCCACCAGGAGGAUACGUCUGCUCAGCCUUCCUUGCACCCUCAACCUCCAGCUCAUGCGCUUCGUGUUCGAUAGGCAAACGGGGCAUAAGAAGAAGUUGAACGCUUACAUCGAGUUCUCCGAGCUGCUGGACCUGGGACCCUUCAUGGAAGACAAAGCCAGCGUCUUCGUCUACGAGCUCAGCGCGAUCCUCAUCCAUCGGGGCGUGAGCGCCUACUCGGGCCAUUACAUCGCCCACGUGAAGGACCCCCAAACCGGGGAGUGGUACCGAUUUAAUGACGAAGAGAUCGAGAAGAUGGAAGGCAAGAAGCUGCAGCUGGGAGCGGAAGAGGACCUGGAACCCUCUAAAUCUCACUCUCGAAUGCCCAAAUGCGGGAAAGGGAUUUACCGCUCCCGAAACGCCUACAUGUUGGUGUAUAGGUUGCAGUCGCGGGAGAAGUCCCUGGCUGUUGAACUCCCAGCUUUCCUGCAGGAGCUGGUGGAAGAGGACAACAGCAGGUUUGAGGAGUGGUGCCACGAAAUGGCCGAGAUGCGGAAGCAGAGCGUGGCGCGGGGCAAGGUCAAGCACGAAGAGGUGAAGGAGCUCUACCAGAAGUUGCCUGCCAAAGCUGGCUGCCCCUACGACUUUGUCUCCCUGGAAUGGCUGCAGCAGUGGCUGGACGAGUCGACGCCCGCCAAGGCCAUCGAUAACACGGCCUGUUUGUGCUCCCACGGCAAGCUGCACCCGGAUAAGAUCUCCACCGUCAAGCGGGUCUCCGAGGACGUGGCCGACUACUUCUAUAAGAGAUACGGGGGAGGACCCAGGCUGACAGUGAAAGCGCUCUGCAAGGACUGCGUGGUGGAGAGGUGCCGGGUGCUGCGGCUGAAGAGCCAGCUAAGCGAGGACUACAAAGCCGUCUGCAACCUCCUGAAAGCAGCAGUCAAGGGGACCGACGGGUUUUGGGUUGGGAAGUCCUCCCUGCGGAGCUGGCGCCAGCUGGCCUUGGAGCAGCUGGACGACUCAGACGAGGAUACUGAGCAGAGCAACGGCAAGAUGAAUGGCGAUGCCAAGGAGAGAGAGGAACCCAGUUCAGAGAAACGAGAAGAAGAGGAGCUGAAGUUCAACGAGGACAUUGUGUGCCCUCACGGCAACCUUUGCAUCUUGGAGAACGAGAGGCGCGUGGUCUGCAGGGAUGCCUGGGAGAAGCUUCAGCGCUACUUCCGCAACGCCCCGGAGUUCCCCAGCAGCAGAGACUCCUGCUCCCAGUGCAAGAUCCUGGAGCGGGAAGGGGAGGAGAACGAAGCCCUGCACAAGAUGAUGGCCAGCGAGCAGAAGGGCAGCCUGCCCCACCUCUUCCAGGACAAGAACCGGCCCUGCCUCAGCAGCUGGCCUGAGGAGGUGGGGGAGCUCUACGUGGUCUCCAGGUUCUUUGUGGAAGAAUGGCGGAAGUUUGUGAGGAGGCCCACCCGAUGCAGCCCUGUCUCUUCCGUCGGAAACCGGGAACUGCUCUGCCCCCACGGAGGGCUGAUGUUCACCGUUGCGUCCAUGACCAAGGAUGACUCUAAACUUAUAGCUCUGAUAUGGCCUGACGAAUGGGAAAAGAUCCGAAAGCUUUUCGUGGUGGAUCACGCCAUCCGAGUGAUCAGGAGGGAGACCCCCCAGGAAAGCGCCGAGCGCCUGCUGUACAUGACCGAACCUGAGCUGUGCCUGGACUGCCGAGAAGGGCUGUUGUACCAGCAGCAGAGGGACCUGCGCGAAUACACCCAGGCCACCAUCUACGUACGGAAAGUGGUGGAUGAUAAAAAGGUCAUGAAGGAGGCUGCUCCAGAGCUGAACAUGAGCAGUUCAGAGGCCGAAGAAGAGCGAGAGGAGACUAGGGCAGAAGGGGAACACGAUCCAGAUUUCAACCAGGCGAACAGCAACACCAAGCGGCAGAAAGUCUCCCAUCCCAACUCGGUGGUCUGCCAGAAGCAAGGCAUCCGGCGCAGCACCCGGCACAGGAGGAUACGGGGGGAGAAGGCCCUCCUCGUCUCCGCCAACCAGACACUGAAGGACCUGAAGAUCCAGAUCAUGCACGCUUUCUCCGUGGCUCCCUUCGACCAGAACCUCUCGAUCGACGGGACGGUGCUGUCCGACGACGUGGCCACGCUGGGCAGCCUGGGGGUCACUCCCGAGUCCGUGGUUCUGUUGAAGGCCGACGAACCAAUUGUGGAUUACGCGGCGAUAGAUGACGUUAUGCAAGUCUGCAUUCCGGAGGAAGGUUUUAAAGGGACGGGUCUCCUUGGACACUAACGUUCACUCUCCGGUCAGCCGACCACUCCUGAAAUCGCCCGGAUUGGAGAAAGGAUUUGUGUGUCGGGGGGGGUGGGUCCCUCUGAGAAAAGUGGAACUGAACGACCGGCAGCCUCUUGGAGGGACCUCCCCCCCCCCCCCGCCACUUCAGCCCGGCCGCCCCAGUGCACAUCUGGGGAGACAAAGAGAACGAGGACUCCCUACUUCGAGAUCCUUCUUGAAACGGAUGGUUCACUUUUACAAGCGGAGGAAGAAGCCGAGCCGAACGCCCGGGAAGGUGGGGCGGGAAACCGCGUUGACCAAGAACUCGAGAAAACUUGCAGCCGGCAGGAGCAGAGACAGCAGUCCCGACGGUCUUUUCAGGACCCCUUUUCCUGAGCACCGCUUCUCCCUUGCGGGGGGGGGGACGCUGUUUCUGCAACAGAGGGAGCCCCCCCCCAUCCCCCAUCCCCCAAAUCUCUGCAGGACAGCUGUGUCGUCUGACCGAGGGAAGGGCUGGUGGGCUCCCGUUUGCAAGCCGCUCCUUUUAAACCCAAAAGCAAUGGAGGCCCCAGGUGUGUGUGUGUGUGUGUGUGUGUGUGUCUCCUGGGGGGGGGGUCUUUGGGGGGGGGCUGCACGUGAGGGGGCUGGGCUCGCCCAUUAACCCUUUCGAGCCUCUCCCAAGCUGGCCCAGCAGGUGAACAAGGCCUUCAGCAAUUCCUGAAAAAAAAGAGGGAGGGGGCAGGGUGAGAUAAUUUUUUUAGGGUGGCGGAACAGAGGCUCCCGGGUCUCGGCUGUCACUCCAGGGCUGUGUUUGCCUUCCAGGGGGGUUAUUUCCUUUCCCUCCCUCCCUCCCUCACGCCAGCCUCCUGGAUGGAAAAAUUCUUACUAAACCCUGGGAGAGCCAAUUCCGUUGCCCUGGAUGAGGGUCGGAGACUGCUUGGGUCUGGCCCGGUUUGGGAGAGGGGGCUUCCCCAAGCCCUCCCCGUCUCCCCCGCCCCCUCUUCCAUCGCCCAGUCUGCCUGCGCUGCAAACGUUUUGGGACUAGUCCUUCAGAGCCUUAUUAAAAGUAUGUACACGUCGUCGGUUUUCUUUGUAUCGUAUUGCCUUGCAUAAAAUGUUGUUUUUUUUU